AAACCGUGCCCCUCCGUCCCAACCGUCCGCCGCCUCCCUCUCCGCUCCGCCAAGACCCUCCUCCUCACUCAGCUCCCCUCGAGCCCAGAAGCACCGCGCGCACCAUGCGGCCACCGAGAGGGCGCGGCGGCGGCGGCCGGUUCGGCGGAGGUGGAGGCCGAGGCGGCGGCGGUGGCCGGUUCGGCGGCGGAGGCCGUGGUGGCCGGUUCGGCGGCGGGUUCCGCGACGAGGGCCCGCCCGCAGAGGUCGUCGAGGUGUCGACGUUCGUGCACGCGUGCGAGGGAGACGCGGUGACGAAACUCACCAACGAGAAGGUGCCCUACUUCAACGCGCCCAUAUACCUGCAGAACAAGACUCAGGUCGGCAAGGUCGACGAGAUCUUCGGCCCCAUCAACGAAUCCUAUUUCUCUGUGAAGAUGAUGGAAGGGAUCAUUGCAACAUCGUACAAGGAAGGCGACAAGUUCUAUAUCGACCCCAUGAAAUUGCUGCCUCUUUCGCGCUUCCUGCCGCAACCAAAGGGACAAUCUCAAGGAGCACCUAGAGGUGGUGGCCGUGGUGGAAGGGGUGGUGGCCGAGGCCGUGGUGGUUCGUUCCGGGGUGGAAGAGGACCACCAAGGGGUGGUGGCCGAGGUCCAAGGGGUGGAAGCCGUGGUGGUUUUAGAGGGCGAGGAAGGUUCUAGGUGUAGUUUGAGUUUGAUGAUGUUUUUUUUUGUUGAGGCAUCAUAGCUACCCAAUUGGAAACUUCCAUGUUCUUGUAACCUGAUAUGUUUAAGGUAGCAGAACACUUUGUUUGUGGAACUUGGAUUCUCAAUUGAAACAAAGGGUUUGUACCUGUUC